UGAUCUGGGCACUGAAUGAACUCAACUUUUCUUCACUUUAGUCACUUCAGAUGAAGUCUGAGGCCGAGGUGCCACUGGCAACUUUUGGACUGUCUCAGUGGAUAUAGACCCAAAGAUAACGUCUGGAGUAUCUGUGAAACAUAUGCAGUGAUUUUUUUCAUUUUAUUUCAUAAAUAUUCAGAGACGCUCAGUCCCAUUCAAUGAUGUCUGCAGUUUGUUAACGUGCCUCCGAGACGGCUGUUUAUCCGCAGAGCUCAUCUGGCCCUGUUCGAGAGCUCCUGCCAAGAACAGGUCAUCAUAUCUUUAAAACGUGUUUUGUGAGUGAAAAUGGCGCCCGCCGUCAGUGGUCCUGAAGGCUACACACCACCUGAGGGUGGCUGGGGAUGGAUGGUGGUAGUUGGGGCCUUCAUCUCUAUUGGCUUCUCCUAUGCAUUCCCUAAGUCCAUCACUGUCUUUUUUAAAGAGAUCGAGGCGAUCUUUGAUGUGACCAGCAGCCAGGUGUCCUGGAUCUCUUCCAUCAUGUUAGCCGUCAUGUACGCCGGAGGUCCCAUCACCAGCAUCCUGGUGAAUAAAUAUGGGAGUCGUUCUGUUAUGAUGGCGGGAGGAUGCCUGUCUGGAUCGGGCCUCAUUGCUGCCUCUUUCUGCAACUCUGUUCAAGAACUUUACUUUUGUAUUGGUGUGGUGGGAGGUCUGGGAUUGGCCUUCAACCUAAACCCUGCCCUCACUAUGAUUGGAAAGUACUUCUACAUUAAGCGACCUAUUGCUAAUGGGAUUGCAAUGGCUGGCAGCCCCGUCUUUCUCUCCACUCUGGCUCCUGUAAACACCUGGCUUUUUGACAAGUUUGGCUGGAGAGGAAGUUUCUUGAUCCUGGGUGGCCUUCUCUUUAAUUGCUGUGUCGCGGGUUCCCUCAUGCGGCCCAUAGGACCAAAACCGAAACCUCCAGAGAAGACCACAGAGAGGAGGACUGUAGUGCAGACCAUUAACAGCUUCAUCGACCUCUCUUUGUUCAAGCAUCGCGGCUUUUUGCUCUACCUUGCGGGCAAUAUUGUAAUGUUUUUCGGUCUCUUUUCACCACUGGUGUUCCUCAAUAAUUUUGCAAAGAGUAAAGACAUCCCUAAAGACAAGGCAGCUUUCUUACUGUCUGUCAUGGCUUUUGUGGACAUGGUUGCCCGGCCCACAAUGGGCAUGGUGGCUAACACCAAGUGGGUCCGUCCCAGAAUACAUUACUUCUUCGCUGCCUCUGUGCUGUACAACGGCGUUUGCCACGUUCUAGCGCCAAUAUCAGUAGACUACAAAGGCUUUGUGAUUUACGCCAUCUUCUUUGGGUUUGCUUUUGGCUGGCUGUGCUCAUUGCUGUUUGAGACCUUGAUGGAUCUGGUGGGACCGCAGCGCUUCUCCAGUGCUGUUGGGCUGGUCACUAUUGUGGAGUGUGGUCCUGUAUUGGUAGGACCCCCAUUGCUUGGGAUGUUCAAAGAUAUCUAUCAUGAUUACAAGUACACGUACCAGGUCUCCGGGAUCCUCCUCAUCGUCUCCAGUCUCAUCCUGUUUGUAGGGAUGGCACUCAACUAUCGACUGCUGGACAAAGAGAAAAAGGAGGAGGAGAGGAAGGCCAGGGUGGGAGGUGGAGAACUAAAGUCCAGUACGGACAAUGCGGACACAGAGGUGGCAGAGGCAAGGAACACAGAAGACACUGUCUAAUAUUCUGUACCAUGUUAUGCUACAUUUUAGUUCAAUUUAAUCUUGCCUUUGAUGCGUAUAUAUAUAUAUUUUUUUUAAAUCUGAGAUGUUUUCACUAUAACUUUUCUGUAACUUUUUUUGCGGCACACAAUUUCGGGUAAUUAAACCUUCUAAAAUGUACCUUCAGAUAAUUACAGUUAUUUUUCAAUAGUAAACAUUCCAAUAAAUAAAAUAAAUAAAUAUUCUAAUCUUUUGCAAACAUUCUCUGUGAAAGUGCUUAUUUAUACUAUUCAACUGACUUUAUCUCCCGAACACAUUUAUAAAAACCUUUUCCUGGGAAACAAAGGUUUGAAAACAUUGAGGAUGCAACAAUAACUUUAUAUAUUAAACAAACAUAUUCAUAUUAAUUCUCUAUUUCUCCUUUAAACAUGUUUCUUGGUCCAUUUUUGAUGAUGGAUGAUGGGAAUUAUCUAUAAUUCUGAUGCCAUUAAACCUGGUUGCAUAGCUUUAUGUAUUCACAUGAUAGGAAAACUGCAAAUUACUGUAUAUUGAAUACGUCAGAAAAUCAAAUAAACUG